AGUGCAAUCUUAUGUGUGGCGGGUCUUGCAGGGCAGCUUCACUCGUCCCGUCAAAUAAAAACAUUGAAUCUAUAAAUACGGAUUAAUAGUGAAGGCGCCCUUUGUGCUCAGUUCAUCAUGUUUCCCUCCAGGCUGGUGAAGACUAUUUUAUCUCACAGUAAAAAUUCGGGUUUCUGGAGUAAACACACUGCGGCAUGCAGCAGCAGAAUGCAGCACACCCAGUCCCAGCAGGCAGAAGGUGCCGUACCUUUCCGCCCCGAGACUUCCAUGGCCCGGACGAUGAUGGACAUCGGAACACGUCGGAUCUUCUCUGAGGAGCACGACCUGUUCAGAGAGAAUGUCCGACGCUUCUUCAGGGAGGAGGUGGUGCCGUACCAUGCUCAGUGGGAGAAGGAUGGUCAGGUGAGUCGGGAGUUGUGGGAGAAGGCAGGCUCUCAGGGGCUUCUGGGUAUUUAUACUCCAGCUGAACAGGGAGGAGUUGGAGGAGAUCUGCUUUCUGCUGCCAUUGUGUGGGAGGAGCAGAUGUACUGUAACUGCACUGGACCUGGUUUCUCCCUGCACUCUGAGAUUGUGAUGCCGUAUAUCAGUCAUUACGGUACUAAAGCUCAGAUGGAGCAUUUUUUCCCACAAAUGGCCGCUGGGAAAUGUAUCGGAGCCAUCGCCAUGACCGAGCCGGGGGCUGGCAGUGACCUUCAGGGAGUGAAGACGUUUGCUCGGAAAGACGGCAAUGACUGGAUUCUGAAUGGAACUAAGGUGUUUAUCACUAACGGCUGGAUGAGUGAUCUGGUGAUUGUGGUCGCUGUGACGAAUCGUGAAGCGAAGAUGGCGGCUCAUGGGCUUAGUCUGUUUCUGGUGGAGAAUGGUACCAAGGGUUUCCAGAAGGGACGCAAGCUGGAUAAGAUCGGCCUGAAAGCUCAGGACACAGCAGAACUGUUUUUUGAGGAUGUGCGCCUUCCAGCUGAUGCUCUGCUCGGAGAAGUCAAUAAAGGUUUCUAUUACCUCAUGAACGAGCUUCCUCAGGAGCGUCUGAUUAUCGCAGUGAUGGCUCUGGCCAGCUGUGAGUUCAUGUUUGAGGAGACGAGGAACUACGUAAGGCAGAGGAAGGCUUUUGGUAAAACCAUCGCUGACAUACAGACGGUUCAGCACAAAUUAGCUGAGCUGAAGACUGAGAUCUGUGUGGGUCGGUCCUUCAUUGAUAACUGCCUUCAGCUGCACAGUGAGAAAAAACUGGACUCCAGCACAGCGUCCAUGGCCAAAUUCUGGGCGUCUGACCUGCAGAACAGAGUGGCCACACAGUGUCUGCAGCUCCAUGGAGGAUGGGGCUAUAUGUGGGAAUAUCCAAUCGCCAAGGCUUUUGCCGAUGCCCGUGUUCAGCCAAUCUACGGAGGCACCAACGAGAUCAUGAAGGAGCUCAUUGCUCGCCCCAUCGUCUCCCAGAAGUAGACGAGCCUUCAACUCAUCACAGCCACUGAAAUGUCAAGCAGAAAAACAAACAUUAACAAACAAAAGUGUCUUGGAGGUGUUUGGUGUUUCAAAGUACAGUGCAAUUGCUUCUUUUCAACUUUAAAUCAGUUUAGCACUUACCGGCAGCUGAAUCAGGAAAAGAUCAAUAUAAAACUAUUAUAAAACCGUCCUUAGUUACAGCUGAUUUAUGUAUAGAUUUUUUUUUCUUUUCGGAAACUGAUCAUGAUUUUGUAUACCACUAUAUACCAUUGUUUGGUAAUUAUUUUACAUCUCACAUUACAAUGUGAGAAAAUAAGUUUAUAUGUUUAUGAGGUUUGAUAAGCAGACAAAAAGAAUAUCAGGUAAUGUAAUAUCAGUCCAGUGAUUUGUUUUAUUUUUUAUGUACUGUAUUAUGUGCCUGGACAGCAUUAAAUCCAUUAAACACAA